UGCCCUGUUUAUUCAAAUAUUAAACGCAGGUUAUCGGUAGUUUGUUUAUACUACAAAAAUAAAAAUGUCAGAUGUUUUGGAUUUGCAUGAGGGGGAUGAAGAUUUUGAGGAUGAAGGAGAUUUGGGAGUCGAAAAGUUAAAAGAUAAAGCUAAGCGAAGAAAAGGAAGAGGUCUUGGUGAUGCAUCUAAUGCUCACAGGGAAGAGAUGGAUUAUGACAUAAUGGAAGUAGAUGAUGGGGUUGGUCCUCAGCGAUCUGUUGAAGGAUGGAUCCUUUUUGUCACUGGGAUUCAUGAAGAAGCAAAGGAAGAAGAUCUAUAUGAUGCAUUCGGAGAAUAUGGGGAGCUGAAGAAUCUUCAUUUAAAUUUGGAUCGUCGUACUGGGUACAUCAAAGGUUAUGCUCUGGUUGAGUAUGAAACAUACAAAGAAGCACAGGCUGCUCUGGAUGCUAUGAAUGGAUAUGAUCUGUACAAUGAGAAGUUAGCUGUUGAUUGGGCGUUUGUAAAGCCGCCAGCUGCGCGAAAAUCAAGGUUCGGCACAGGAGGCAGAAGACGUCGUUGAAAAACAAACUGCACGAAAUACAAUUUCCUCUUUUCACAAAUUUCUAAUUGUGAUGUCACCCAUUGAGGGUUUUUUAUACUAUGUAUGCCAGUUUCUUGAAACUUUCAAUUCAUACUCAAGAGGCUUGUUGCCAGUUUCUUAAAACUAUCAAUUCUUACUCAACAUGGCUUGUUGUAGAUGAAACGCUUUUAAUAGUUGAUUUUAAUACUCAGAUAAAAAACUUAAACUGCAAUUUCACUCUGAAGCCUGUUAAACUUUUCCAAAAUUCCUAAAUUGGUUUUAUAAUUAAUACAAAAACUGUUCAGUAA